CAGAUAUAAUACAAUCAUACAAGCAAAACACUACUACUUUCUUUCAAAAACUAUAAAGUCCAUCCAUCCUGUAAGUUUAGUUUCAAAUAUGUAUGUGACCCGAUCACUUUCUUACUAUAAGACGUCUCCGGAAGCUCUUUAUCUUCCUCCCGAGGGUCCUAACUCCGGUUACUUGGUAAUCCAAGAUGAAGAGUCUGAAAGAUACACAUUUUUCGGGUUGUUCAAGGAUCGAUAUCUUGUAGGGUUACCGUUUCCUCAAAACAAAAUACUGACCACACACUAUUCUUCAGGAGCUGGUGGUCAACAUCAUCAUCAAGCUGGUCGACAACAUCAUCAACACACUUCUUUUGAUGAAGUUGUCUUUAUUCCUGUCCUUAACCAGCCGUUGUCUUUGAACCGUUACUAUGCGAUUAAACCACAUGGAUCACAUAAAGGAGAAGCAUUUACAUGUUCAAAGGAGGAAGACAUGACACAAUGUUGCUUUUCCAGUUGUGUCAAUGAUGUAAAACCAAGGCCAUUGGAUCCACACAACAUUUACCAACAAUUUGAGAUUGUUCGUAAGGAAACACUGUUUAGCAGUGAUGGUAGUUUUUAUGCAAAAUCUCUUGCACACGAUGGCUAUCCUCCGUAUAUCUUAAGAAGAAAACGUUGGGAAAUUUAUGGUAAAACACCAAAAAACUACAAGUUAUUUGAAGCAAAAGGAAUCAAUGAUUCCAUUCGUACACGUCUUCCUGAUUUGAGCUUUCCUCCCUCAACCAAAUCUUCAAAUCAUGUAGUUGUUGGCAAGUGGUAUUGCCCUUUCGUGUUUAUCAAAGAACAACAAUUGUCCGAACAAGUGAAAAAUUCUAUGUAUUAUGAAAUGACACUAGAGCAAAAGUGGGAACAAGUUUCCGAACAUGAAAAGGAGCACAACAACGAAGAAAAUGUCGUGUCUGUGAACGUCGUGGUUCAUAGUGAAGCAGUUUUCAUUGGUGAGAGUCAGAUCGAGGCAGCAUGGGAUGAGAGAAAUGUGGUAGAUGGAGCCAUAUGGUUUACAUGUGUAGGGGGUAAUAAUGGGAGAGAAGAAAGUGUAGGGUUGAAUGUAGCAAUUGUUGAAAGAAUGAAGUGGGAAGAAGAAAGGGUUGGAUGGGUUGGUGGUGGGGAGCAAAGGAUAAAGAGGGUGAAGAGAGAUGAGAAGUUUGAAGGAGUUGAUGGGUGGAAUAGAUUUGGUUGUUAUGUUUUGGUUGAAAGGUUUGUGCUCAAAAGAAUGGAUGGAAGUUUGGUUUUGACAUAUGAGUUUGGUCACACCCAUCAAAUUAGGUCCAUAUUUGAGUAAGAAUUGGGUUUCUUUGCAUAGAUUCAAAUGAUACAAUUUGACAUACCAUAUUUGUUUAUAGUCACUUAUGUUAAAUAUCUUGACAAGUUUGUGAAUUUAUGUUUUUCUCUUGUAUUUUAUAAUUAUUAUUGAAUGAAUAAAACUUAGGAGUGUUAUUUGAUU